AUGGACUUCCUGGAUCAGCCGACACAUUCGCUUAUCCUCAAUGAUCUAGCUGCGUGCCUCGCACGUGAGGCGGCGUCGGGUGUGCUCAACGAGUCGGAUUUUGCUAUCCUGCAGCCCACGCAGGCUACGACGAGUCACUCGACGUCGUUCUUGAGCGCCACCGCGGUACGCACGCACCUUGCGCAGGCGCGCUUCGCGUCUGCUACGGCCGAUGCCGUGAAUGCGUCGCCGCAUGAGAUGCAAGAAGCGACACACACGUACUUGGAACGCGUCGCCCAAUCGCUCUUUGACUUGGCCGACCAACUCCCUGACGCUACGUUUGACGAGGGGGUGCAAGUGCAAGGGCAAUGGCCGCUUCCGGAUGAACUCACUUAUACGGUUAUGGAGACACUGCUCAAGAUUGGACGCAGUCUGCCGUCGACCCAGGCGCGUGUCAUGUCAUCCGCUGCGGCGUUGGUCGAUCGCAUCGGUUCGCACCUGACAUCGACGUCGACCCCUGAUGCUGUGCUUAUCGCACGUACCGUGCCGCAACUGCAUGGCUUAGCGCGGGCUCUGCAAGAUGUGAGCUUUACAUGGGACAGUGCCUCCGUCGCGCCGCUCGUCUCGUCGAUGAGCUCGAUCGUACAUGAUGCCGCGUUGAUCGCGCGUUUGGAUGCGUUGCUUAUGUCGCUGCCCGAGCAGGAAGAAGCCGUUCGUCAGUGCCGUGCUAUGGCCCAAGCGCGUGGCGUUACCAUGCCCUCGCCUACUAGGGGCGGCGCGACCAACAGCACGUCUUCGCCGAUGACGUUUCAGGACCGUUUGCUGGAGCACUAUGCCCAUCUUGGCACACCGCUGAGUGGGCAUCUUGUCGCGUGGUGCGCUUUGAGUGUGCUUACUUCGCUCCUGGCGCAGGCCGUGCAUGGUGUGGCUACGCUGCCUACGGGGCCUAAGGCGUACGCCUCCGCUUGGAAGGCGCUCGUGGAAGGCGCUCCGCAGCAUCGUGUCCACGUCCGAGAGACGUCGCAGCUUGCCAUGCACACUUAUCAAAUGCUCACCGCUGCGGCGUACUCGCCCGAGAUGGCCAGUCCUUUGCAUGCUGAGCUGUAUGUAUGUGAGGCGCUCUGCACUGCUCUCAAAGCCAGUGUGCUAAGUGUAGCCGCUGGCGCUUCGGUGGACGAAGGGUUUGUCCUGGAAAUUGUGCAGAACGUGUUGAGCGAGCAGGCGCCGCUACAGGACGCACGUUUGCAGCAUGCAGCGCUGGACGGUGUCGCGAUUCUUGCGCGCGCGAAGCCGGCCUGGGCUGUGACGUUGGUCCAGCAUCUGCGUCGGUGGGUCCAACUACCGCUGCCUCUACUUGAAGCCGAUGCUGCGAGUGGCUCGCCUUUGCUCACGGCAUGUGCGUCCAGUAUGGCUACGUGCAUGAGCGUGUCAGGCAAGCCGGAUUUGGCGACGUCGACGACGUACUCGCUGCUGAACCACUUGUCGCGGGAAUCGACGCAUGCCUCGCCUGCGAUUGUCGCGAGUACGUUGGCCGUCGUCACGCGCCUUGCGCGGCACAUGGCCUCGCCGUCGUUCACUUCGUUGGUCACCUCACUCCUUCUCCAGCGUCUCGAAGGACACGGUCGUCUGCCUACGGGGCUGGUCCUCACGCACCUCGUUCCCCUGGCCCUUGCGUCGCCAUGCUCGAGCUUUGUGAAUGUACUGACAGCCAUGGCCGAAGGCGCUCGUAUUGCUUUGCGCGAGGGAGGUGGGCCGCUGCUUCACGCUGUGCAAACGGCGUUCCUUACGCUGGCCCGGGGCCUUACUCCCGAAGCGGAGGCGCGGGGUCGUGCUGCGGACGAGGUGGCUGGCGAAAUGACGCGUCUUUCGCGCAAAGAGCUGGCCCUGCCUGAGCUGCUGGCGUUGAUUGUCGAUGCUGGGCUUCGAACGCAGGGCGGGCGCAGCCAAGCGGCGGCAGCGGUCGAUUCGCUGGUGCCUGUCCUGGCGGCGCUGCUAGCCCAUGACGAUUUCCAUGUGCACUGGCAUCCGAGCGACGACGUGGUGUACCUCUUCCGCAAUGCCUGGGUCGUCAUGACACUGUGUGGCCACCAAAGCAGCGCCGAGUUGGUCGCGCCCUUACCACGCGGCGAUGCAUUGAGCAUCAUUGCGUUGAAGACGCCGACGUUGAUUCCCGAGUCGUCGCGCAACUACUUGGACGACGACAUUGAGACGCACACUGUGCUGAAGCAGGACACGCUGGGCGCUACGCCUGAGAUCUUGCGACGUGCUCUCAAGGCGUUGCUCGGCGUGCGGCCCGUGGAGGGCCACAAUUUGUCGCUGGUACGUCUCGCGUUCCUGCAAGCCGUGUUGGAAGUCGAGUGGCGUCGUGCGGCGUGUGGUCGUCCCUCGAUGGCGCUGUGGUACUUUGUACACCCGAGCGUAUCUCAGGCGUCUGUCCAUGAGGCCCUGCAAGCGAUUGCGGAGCGCUCGUUUGGGGCGUUCCUGGUGCACGUAAGCACGCGCGCUGAGGCGCAUGCCGUGGAUCAGGUGGUCGUCGAUGAAGUACGCAAUAUUCUGCUAGCGACGUGCCAUACCUGUGCAGCGGUGCGGGCUAUGGCGCACGAGUACUUGGAACGCCUCGUGCCCGCAUGCCCGUCGCUGUUUGUGCGCCCUGAUACAGUGGUCACGAUGCUGGAGCUGGUCACGAUGCUGGGCCGCGCAUGUGAUAGUGAGCUGGCCGAGGCGUUCCUGCCGCAGUAUUCGUACCAUUCGCAUCUCGCGAAUGUAUCGAUCGAUGUCUCGGAUGUGUACGCGGAGCGUCGCGCGAUGCUCGAUACGCUUCUGGCGCGUGUACGUGCGAUUCUCACACGUGUACAGGAAGAUAUGCCGAACGAGUUGCGUGGCUCGCUAAUUAAGUACUUGCAAGACGACGCCGCUGCGGAUAGCCUUGGCGCCUCCUUGGCGUUGGACGUGGCGCGAGGUGCCCCGUCACGCAUUGGCGCUACGCAUGUGCGUAUGGAUCAGAGUGGGCCGCUGGCGCAUGCGCUCCUCGUGCAAGGUGCGACACAAGGCGUUACGGCCGCGCUGAGUGCGUCGCAAGAACAAGCGCUGAAGGCGGAGCUGGCGACCGCGCUGCAUGAGCCGCCUGUCGGCGAUGUGCUGGACUCGUUGCUGUACCGCGGCACGGCCUUGGCGGUGAGCCGCUCCCCGCUGGAUCUCGACUUGGUGACGUUCCUGGUCCUGGUGCCGUUCCGUGUAGGCACCACGGCCGCGCUGCGUACCGCGACGCAGGUAUGGACGUGGCUGCUGGCCGAGCAGCCCUCGGCGAUGCUGGCUGUCGUUACGGCUAUCUCGCAGGGAUGGAUGCGCACGACGAUGGACCGUGUGGGCUUGUACAGCACUGAUUUGAAUCAGCGCAAUCCCAUGGCCUGCAAAACAGACAUGUCGGCGUACAACCGCGAGGAAAUUUCGAUGGAAGAGCGUCGUGCCGAUGACCUGUUCACAGGCCACAUGCUCGUGCUUAGUAUGCUCUCUGACUGCUUGGCCUCGGCUCAGAGCCACAGUGCCGCGCUGGUCUCGGUGCUGGCGAUGCUGGUACAGCACAUGGCCGAUGCCACGUCGCGGCUGAGCACGCAUGUCCUGACACGUCUUCCACGCCUGCGAUUGGUCCAAUUCGGUCUGCAUGUGCUUCACGCGGCCCAUGUCGAUGUCCUAGUCGAAUGCCGCGUGCGAGACGGUGUGUGCCGUAUGGCCUUGGACUGGUUUGCCUACGCGCCAGCCUGGUCGUACGGCGGCAAUUUGCAUCGCGGUGCGAAUGAGCUGCGUCUCUUGCGCAGCGUGAGCCAGGCUCUGCAUAGCGCUAUGCUGCGAGCCGACUCGCUCGUGACCACUGCGACGGUGUCGUCGUCGGCCCGACUGACGCUGCAUAGUGCUCAGCCGCUUACGCCCCAGUGCACGUUGGCGCAGGCGUUGACGCAUAUCCAGGAUGUGCUGCAUCUGCUCCAGCAGCUUUACGACAAUGAGCAUGCGCGCUUGCUGGUCUGGCUGAAUCCGACCAACACGCCGCAAACGCCACACCCCAGUGUCUCUGUUCGUGACUUGCACACGGCAUGGAAGACGGAUGCGCGUGUCGCUGUGUACCUCGUGCGUCGCUUUGCCGACGAGGAGCUGAAAGCGGAACUUACCAGGCUGGUCCAGACCUCGCCGCACCGCGUACUUAGCGUGCCGGACGCGCUGCCCUACCUGCUUGGCACGGUAUCGCAUGCACCGAGUAAGAAAGAGAAACAUGCAGCAUCUGCAACGCCUGCCAUCACUUCCAAUGACGCGGCGCUGCACUGGCUGCACAUGUGGUCGUUGGUCGUGCCUGUGGAGGCCAUUCGUAUGUUGCAGCCAGAGCAUGGCGGCACGAAUCCGCUCGUGUUGCAGUACGCUAUGCGUGCGCUGGAAGAGCAUCCUGUGGAGCUCGUCUUUUUCUACGUACCACAAGUGGUGCAAGCUCUGCGUGACGACGAGUUCGGAUACGUCGCGCUGUUCAUCUUGAAGACGUCGCUAGUGUCGCAAUUGUUCUGCCACCAAAUUAUCUGGAACAUGAACGCCAACAAGUUCAAGGACGACAAUGGCGAAGUGGAAGACUCUUUGAAGCCGACUCUUGAUCGCAUGGUCGAUGCUAUUGUCGCGCAAUUGUCGGGCGAGGCACAGGCAUUUUACGAGCGUGAAUUCUCCUUCUUCAAUGAAGUCACCGACAUCUCCGGCAAGCUCAAGCCCUAUAUCAAGAAAUCCAAGCCAGAAAAGAAGGCGAAGAUCGACGAGGAGAUGGCGAAGAUUAAAGUGGCGCCGGAUGUGUACUUGCCUUCGAACCCCGACGGCGUGGUCAUCGAUUUGGACCGCAAGUCCGGUCGCCCCUUGCAAAGUGCAGCCAAGGCACCGUUCAUGGCGACGUUCAAGGUGCGUCGUCCCGUCGCGGUGAAAGAUGCAGCGGACCCGAAUGCGCCGCAGUACGUCGAUGUCUGGCAAAGUGCCAUUUUCAAAGUCGGUGACGACUGUCGUCAGGAUGUACUGGCCCUGCAAGUGAUUGCGCAGUUCAAGAACAUUUUCACGUCCAUUGGUUUGGAUGUGUACCUCGACCCCUAUCGCGUCACUGCGACAGCGCCUGGCUGUGGUGUGAUUGACGUCGUGCCCAAUGCCACGUCGCGUGACGAAAUGGGCCGUCAGAAGAUCAACGAUCUCCUCGACUUUUUCCGCAACCGCUACGGCAACGAGACCUCCAUUGCGUUCCAGCGUGCUCGUCUCAACUUCAUCCAGUCGAUGGCGGCGUACUCGGUGGUAUGCCACAUUCUACAGAUCCGCGAUCGUCAUAACGGCAAUAUGAUGAUCGAUGGCGAUGGCCAUAUUGUGCACAUUGACUUCGGGUUCCUGUUCGAUAUUGGGCCGGGUGGCAUGCGUUUCGAGCCGUACUCGUUCAAGCUUUCGCAUGAAAUGGUAGCCGUGAUGGGCGGUCACAAGUCACCUGGCUUUGCGAUGUUUGAGCAGCUUGUCGUCAAGGCGUUCUUGAGCUGCCGGCCGUACGCGGACGACAUCGUGGCGACGUGUGCACUCAUGCUGGGCACGGAUCUUCCGUCGUUCAAGGGCAAGCCGACGCUUGAUCGUUUGCGUGCGCGUUUCAAGCCCGAGCUUACCGAGCUGGAGGCGGCGGCCCAUGCCUCGUGGCUCGUCAAGGAUGCGCAUGGCAACAUGCGUGGCACGCUCUACGACUUGAUCCAGGAGAAACAGAACAACAUCCCCUACCGUAGGUAA